AUGGCGCCCAUUGUCACUUUUUGUUCGUCGGCAGCGAAAAAUCUGAGUACCGAAAACUCUCACAUUCUCUCUCCACUCCUUCUCUUCUCCCCCUCCCUCCAUGCUUUCUCUUCUAUCCGUCUCUCCAUGCCUUCUCUUCUCCCACUCUCCACUCCUUCUCUUCUCCCCCUCUCUCCACGCCUUCUCUCUCCCCUUCUCUCCAUGCCUUCUCUUCUCCCCUCUCUCCCACUCCUUCUCUUCUCCCCUCUCUCCAUGCCUUCUCUUCCCCCUCUCUCCACUCCUUCUCUUCUCCCCCUCUCUCCACGCCUUCUCUUCUCCCCUUCUCUCCAUGCCUUCUCUUCUCCUCCUCUCUCCAUGCCUUCUCUUCUCCCCCUCUCUCCACUCCUUCUAUUCCCCCUCCCUCCACUCCUUCUCUCCCCCCUCUCUCUCUUUUUUAAACCUUAUAUUGAAAUUUUGAUUUUUCUUUUUUCCUCUUUUAAUAUAAAUUAUUUUUCCCCAUUCCCUCUUUUCUUUUCUUUUCUUUUCUUUCUCUCUCUUUUUCUUUUGAUUAUUCUUCUAUUUUGUAAUUCAAUUUCCAAUCUAUCUAUCUAUCUAUCUAUCUAUCUAUCUAUCUAUCUAUCUGGAUCAGUCUGUUUCUAUCUAUCUAUCUAUCUAUCUAUCUAUCUAUCUAUCUAUCUAUCUAUCUUGAUCAAUCUGUUUCUAUCUAUCUAUCUAUCUAUCUAUCUGGAUCAGUCUGUUUCUAUCUAUCUAUCUAUUUAUCUAUCUAUCUAUCUAUCUAUCUAUCUAUCUAUCUAUCUAUCUAUCUAUCUUGAUCAAUCUGUUUCUAUCUAUCUAUCUAUCUAUCUAUCUAUCUAUCUAUCUAUCUAUCUAUUUAUCUAUCUAUCUGGAUCAGUCUGUUUCUAUCUAUUUAUUUAUCUAUCUAUCUAUCUAUCUAUCUUGAUCAUCUGUUUCUAUCUAUCUAUCUAUCUAUCUAUCUAUCUUGAUCAAUCUGUUCCUAUCUAUCUAUCUAUCUAUCUAUCUUUCUAUCUAUCUAUCUAUCUAUCUAUCUUUCUAUCUAUCUAUCUAUCUAUCUAUCUGGAUCAGUCUGUUUCUAUCUAUCUAUCUCAAUUUAUUUGUUUGUUUUUAUCUAUCUUUCUUUCUUUCUCUCUCUCUCUCUCUCUCUCUCUCUCUCUAUCUAUCUAUCUAUCUAUCUAUUGUUUAACAAGUUAA